AUUCGAUUUCAUUUAUUUCCCUUCGGCUAAAACAAAUUUUACGUCUGUCUUCUUAUUGUUCGCUGACACUCAACACCUUAGACUAAUACAAACUUAUUUCCAAGGCAAAUUUGAGACAAAGUAAUGGAACUGGAAUCGAUAUGCGUUGCCAUUUGGACCAAGAAGCUUCUAGCACCUUCCUCAGAGCUUUUGUAAUGGAUUGGCAGACUCUUGGCGAGUUUAGCUCGAAAUAUGGAAGAAUAAUAAUACAAUAAUACACAGCGUUGAUAAAUUUUAUUUACCACGCCAGUAGCAUCAGCGAAUAUGAAAACAAAGCGCCUGAUAGCCUUGAUUAUUGCCGUCUUCAAUGUUCAUCUCCAUCGUCAGACAACAAGUGAAGAAAUAAGGCUGGGAGCUCUGAUAGCAUGGAAUGGAACUUGGCCCGUGGGACCGAGAAUGGCGUCAGCAUUGCUUGUUGCCUUUGAUACGAUAAGGAACGAUCAGAACCUGCUACCAAAAUAUAACUUUACAUAUUACUGGCAAGAUAGUGCCUGUGAUACCGGUGCCACGCUGAGAUCCAUGGUCGAUUUAAAAGCGAAGAAGCCACCAAUUCAUGCCUUCAUCGGGCCAGGCUGUUCUAUAGGAUGUAUACCGGGGGGUUAUUUAGCAGCGCACUGGGAAAAGCCUAUGAUAUCGUUCGCUUGCGGUGAAUCUACGCUUUCGGAUAAAAAGAAAUAUCCAACAUUUGUUCGAACAGUUGGAACUUACGCACAAACCGGAAAGUUUUUUCUGAAGAUCAUGCAGAAAUAUAGCUGGAGUCGUGUUGCGAUUGUAGCGUCCACCGAAAGUUUAUGGUCACAAGUUGCUAUGUUUGUGAGAGAUGAAAUUGAUGGUAGCACAAGCGGAAAAUUCAGUGUUGCUUAUUUUCACGUAUUUAGCCCUGGUAUUACAACUGACGUCCAAUUCAAGACCAUGUUGCGUUCUGCAAGAGAAGAAGCACAUGUGUUUAUCCUUGUUGGUUACGGAAGCUCCAUCCGGCAGAUCAUGUUAAAUCUAUACGACUUAGAAAUGAUUUCAAAAACAUACGCCUACUUCACCUUUGAAAUCACACCUGAAAAUUGCAAGGGGAACGACGGAAGAGACCAAGAAGCUUGUAAAGCAUUCGAAGGCCUAAUGGACAUUGCCAACUAUGUUCCAACAAAUGAGGAAUAUAAGGGGUUUGAGAAAAAAGUUAAACAGAAAAUGCCUGAGUUCGCUGGCCUAGGAUAUCACAUGCCACAGAAUGAUGAGGUGGAUAUAUACGCGGGUUUUCUUCAUGACGCAGUGGUAUUGUAUGCCCACGCAGCUCAUGACCUUUUACGCGCUGGAGGAAACCUUACAGAUGGGGAAGCACUGAUCAAGCACAUGACAAACAGAAGUUUUCAGGGUGUUUCUGGGCAGGUUUUUGUAGAUGAAAAUGGCGACAGAACGAUCACCCUCCAAAUGAGGAACUUUCACAAUGGCGAGAUGGUUCGUGUUGCGAACUACUUUCGGCACUUGGAGGAACUCGAGUUCACGGACACAACGACUAUUUGGCCGGGAGGGUCUGUAACUGCCCCAUUGGGAAGACCUGAGUGUGGGUUUAACGGAGAAUUCUGUUCGUCUCCAGUUAUUUGGAUGAUCGCUGUUUAUGCAAUCUCAGGCUUCGUGGCUGUUAUGAUUUGUAUGGUGGCUUUUCUGCUUUAUUACAAGAGGAAGACAUUUGAGUCGUCACUUCAGAGCCAACGUUGGAAAAUUUCUGCGGCAGAUGUAAACUUUACAAGAAAAGCUCUGGAUGGAAGAAGCAUGAUUUCAACAUCUAGCUUUGGCUCUGGUGACAGCAGUAUGAAUUCGAGAACUUUAGACGAGGAUGAAAUAAGAGGACAAGUAUUUACCAACGUGGCAAUUUUUAAGUCUACAGUGGUAGCAGUUAAAAAGCUAAGAAAGACGCACAUUACCUUGUCAAGGACAAUACUCAUGGAAUUAAAAGAGGUGUACGAGCUUCAACAUCCAAAUAUCAAUCGAUUUAUUGGAGCGUGUGUGGAUUCGCCAAAUAUAUGGAUUUUAACACAGUACUGUAACAAGGGAAGUCUGCAGGAUGUUUUGAAUAAUGAGAGGAUGAAGCUUGACUGGAUGUUUAAAAUGUCCUUUGCAUCCGAUAUUGCAAGAGGGAUGUUUUUCUUACAAAAAAGCUCAAUCCUUUACCAUGGUGACUUGCGAUCUUCAAACUGUGUCGUAGACAGCCGUUGGGUUUGUAAAAUAACCGAUGUCGGACUAGAACAUUUUAAAUCAGGACAGAAGGUUGACUCGUAUCUUGGCCUUGAUGCGGAAUAUAACAAUCUUUUGUGGCGAGCACCGGAACACCUCGAUGGCAGGAAUAAUUUGUCUAAGUCACAAAGGGGAGAUGUCUAUAGCUACGGCAUUAUUCUGCAGGAGAUUCUUCUUAGAAGUCUGCCGUAUGCCAUGAAUGACUUCAUGGAAGCAAAAACAAUUGUCAGCAUGGUACAGAAAAGAGAGAACCCUCCUUUCCGUCCAGUCAUUCCAAGCAGCUUUGGAAAUGGACUGUACGUGAGAAUGAUGCGAUCCUGUUGGAGUGAUGAGCCAACCUUACGACCAAGGUUCAGUGAUGUUCUUCAAACGAUAAAGAAAAUUAACAAUGGAAAGGACAUCAACAUUAUGGACAACAUGAUAUCACUGAUGGAAAAAUACACAGACCAUCUGGAAGAGGUCGUAAGAGAGAGAACAGAACAACUGGAGGAAGAGAAACAAAAGACAGACGCCCUGUUAUACAGGAUGCUACCAAAGACGGUGGCAGAGCAGUUAAAACGUGGUGAAGCUGUUGCAGCAGAAUCGUUUGACCAGGUUACAAUCUUCUUUAGUGACAUAGUGGGUUUCACUACUUUAGCUGCCCAGAGCAAGCCGCUGGAGAUUGUUAACCUGUUGAAUGAUCUUUACACGUGCUUUGACAAUAUUAUUGAUUGUCAUGAUGUUUAUAAGGUUGAGACAAUUGGAGAUUCUUACAUGGUUGUAUCUGGACUACCCAAGCCCAAUGGCAUUUGUCAUGCUGGAGAAAUCGCCAACAUGUCCCUUGAUCUUUUGAGUGACAUGUGUCACUUUAAAAUCAAACACCUUCCGGAGAAACAGCUCCAACUUCGAAUUGGAAUUCAUUCUGGCUCAUGUGUUGCUGGUGUCGUUGGACUUAAGAUGCCACGUUACUGCCUGUUUGGUGAUACUGUCAACACAGCGUCCCGAAUGGAAUCUAGCGGGCUUGCCCUCAGGAUUCAUGUCAGUUCUCAAUGCAAGUCCUUACUGGAUAAUAUCGGUGGUUAUCACAUUGAGGAAAGAGGCUGGACGCCGAUGAAGGGAAAGGGAACAUUGCUGACGUUUUUCUUAAACGGACGUGAAGGCUUUCUGAAGUCUCUACCAGACCUUAGUAAAGCCGCUCCUAUGGAAGAACAUUCAUUUAAAUAAAAAACUGACAAUCCAAGAUAAUAUGCAAGAUGUACAAUUAAAAAUAACAGAAAGUAAAAGCGAAAAAAUGCCAGAUCCUGCUGCUCAACUCUAAAAUGCGAUGCGCUAAACUCUCCUGAUUAAAAUUGGACAUGAUCCAUGUUAAUUGUGACAUAGAACACCUGUCCCACAAUAUACAAUAGCACUUGUACUGAGUGGAGCUCACUGAUACAUGAUUGCAAACCAAACCUGCAUGACACCAAGUUUAAUUGCCACUUAAUUACAUCCAUUUUUCAAAAAUUGAUGUGAAUAAAUUCGUCCAUUUUUAGUAAAGAAAAUUCGACGUUCCGACGAAAAAUCAAGGAAAUUCUCCGCAAUUCAGCUUUAACGAUUUUCAUUUUCCUGCGAUUCGAUUGGCAUAUUGGAUCCACACUGGUAAGGAAAAAGAACCGAUUUAGAGAAAACUAAUUGGUGUUACACUGAGCUCCAAUCAGACUACUUAUAUCACUUUUAAUUUUGAAAUAGAUAAAAUAAUAGAAACGCUACUUUUCAUAUCGCUAUAACAGAACAUAACUUACUGCAAUUAAAGUAAGUCAUACCGUGCAACGUAAUUAGUUUUGUAAUUCAAACAGCUAUCAAAAUAUCUAUGUACUUCAUGAGUCAGAUUGUUUU